AUGAAGUACGGCGGUGCCACAAUGCGGCCGAGGCUGGGUGUGUCGGGGCGGUCCAAGCGCGGCACUUUCAUCAAAUGGAGCAUCUUGCUGAGCGUGCUGGGCCUCCUCUCAUUCUACCUCUACGUCAUGUUCGCGACCUUCCGAGGUGGGGAUGCUGGCAGCACCCACCCUGUCGCCGAUGCUCGCGAGCCGCAGGUGAUCGAUCCAAAGAAGCAGCAAUUGGAUGAAGCUCAUAGAACCGAUCCCAUACUUCAGCGCAAGCGCAAGAUCAUCCUCUCCACUGGCCACGGCAAGUGGAACACGGGCGUGUGGCCUGCGUGGGGCUAUGGCCAGACCGUGACGCUGAACUGGGCCGCCGCGGGCGUGGAGGUGAACAAGAAGUGCUCCAUUGAGUGCGAGAUCUCGCACGAGGGCUCCGCGGGCUACGCCGACGCCGACGCGGUGGUGAUGGAGCUCACCAACCACCCCAAGUUCGGCUACGACCGCGACAUGCCCAUCGCGUGGCCCGAGGAGUCGCGACCCAACCCGCGGCACUGGUACACGGCCAAGGUCGACGGCCACAAGGUGCCUACCAACCUGCCCCUCACCGGCAUCUUCUACUACGAGGCCGUACAGAGCUACCCGGGCUACACGGCCAAGGACCCGGCGAUCAAGUCCCGCAUCGACUUCUCGAUGACGCCCGACCUCGACUCGACGAUGCCGGUCACGCUGAUCUGCCCGUGGGGCCACACCGUGUCCGAGUACCUGCGACCGCCGCCGCUCAAGCCAUCGGAGCGCUUCAUCGCCUACUUCAACGAGCACGGCAUCGCGCCGCCGUUCCUCAAGAUCGUCGAGGAGCUGUUCGCGGCGGCCGGCGACCGGAUGCACAGCUACGGACCCUUCCGGAGCAAUCGCGACAUGCCUGACGAGGCCGGCGGUAAUCCCUAUCAGCUCUCGCGUAGGAUCAGCUUCAUGGGCACCUACAAGUUCGUGCUCGUCACGGAGGCCCUGGUGGAGGACAGCUUCAUCGCGCCCGAGUGGAGCCACGCCAUCCUCGGCGGCGCCGUGCCCGUCUACAUCGGAACGCCCAACAUCGGCAACUUCGCCCCCGGGCCGCGCUCGUUCGUUGACAUCCGCGACUUUGCGUCGGGCGCCGAGCUGUGGGAGUUCCUCCUCCGGUUCGACAACAACGACGAGGCCUACCAGCAGUGGUUCGACUGGAAGGCGGGCGCCAAGAAGGCCUACAAGGCCGACGAGAAGAGCCAGCACGCCGUCGGCACCGGCGAGGGCGUGCACGUCGAUGACAUCGAGGCCGAGGUGCUCCGCCGCCGCAUGGUGCGGUGGUCCAAGCCCGUCGUCGAGCGGCUGCACGAUCUCGAUGCGGAGGCCGCCGCCGCCUUCCACGACACCGCCAGCAUGGCUUGGCGCUGGUUCCGCGCCCACAUCGACAACUGCGUCCACUACGCCGAGUGCCGCCUCUGCGAACUCGUAACCAAGCUCACCUAA